GGUUUGGGUUUUCUUUGGUGAGUUUUUGACUAUCCUCAUUCUCUUCCCUUCAUCUCUUUCCCUUCUUGGGUUGGUUACUGUGUGUUUUUUUCUAACUUUUUGUCUGGGAAUGGUGGCAGACCGGGACGGACACCGCCAAACUCUUGCCGUUCAUGUUCUUGUUGAUCUCUUCCCUUUACCAUCAUCAACGAAAUACCCAUUUACUUCUUUUCUUUAAAUUAGUGUACCCUUUUUAGUAAGGAACAGGAAGCAGUGUCUGUUGCAUCUUCUCACGGAUCCAUUGCUGUGUCCGGUGAGUCGGUGUUGAUGGACUGGAGCUUUUCUAGUGAACAGAAUCCGUUCGGUGGUAAUUUUGCUGUGACAUGAGUUAAUAUCUCUAGGUUUAGACUGUCUUGGUUCCAUUGGUAUCUGCGGUUCUAUCAGUUUUGCAAGAAAAUACCGAUUAAAGGAGCUUUUGUUUUGCCACUUACAGUUUCUUUCAAGUUUAUGUGGUGAAAUUGAUGAAAUGAUAUUUUUAGCUCUUGUAUAUAGCAUGCAUCUUUGGGUUCUCGUGGAAAAUUUUAAGCACUGGUGAAAUAUAAUUGUUGGUGAUCCACAUAAUGGGUGGGCUUUGCUCAAGGAGAUCCACUCUAGAUGGUGCUCCAGUUGGAGGCUUUCCGCGUGUUAAUGGUCACUUUGGUCAUGGGUCUGCAUUGGUGUUUCGGUCCCAUGAACUGACUGCUAAGAUAAAUUGCCAUUCCAAUCCAUUACCUGCUGGAGAUAAUGGGGACAGGCAGCCGAGAGAACCCUUUUCUUUUCCAGAGACAAGUGCAGUUCCAUAUACGGGUCCAGAAGAUAUUAAUGAUGGAAUUCCUUGUUUGUCAAGGGCACCAUCACAGAAAUCCAGUUCAACUAAGUCUAAGCAAGCUGCCGUUGCAAAGGUUUCAGAAGUGAGCUCUCUUUUGGGCAGAGCUGGUACUGCUGGGCUCGGAAAGGCAGUUGAAGUUCUUGACACACUUGGUAGUAGCAUGACGAGUUUGAAUCUUACUAGUGGGUUUACCUCGGGGGUAACAACGAAAGGGAAUAAAAUUUCAAUAUUGGCUUUUGAGGUUGCUAAUACAAUUGUCAAGGGUGCCAAUCUGAUGCAAUCUCUGUCAAUGGAUAACAUUAGACAUUUAAAAGAAGUUGUGCUUCCCUCAGAAGGAGUGCAAAAUUUAAUAUCCAGAGAUAUGAAUGAACUCCUGAGAAUUGCUGCGGCUGAUAAGAGAGAGGAGUUGAAAGUUUUUUCUGGAGAAGUGGUACGCUUUGGCAAUCGUUGUAAAGAUCCUCAAUGGCACAAUUUGGAUCGAUAUUUUGAAAAGUUGGGUUCAGAGCUUAUAACGGAAAAGGAAUUGAAGGAAGAAGCUGAGACAGUGUUGCAACAACUAAUGACUUUGGUUCAGCAUACAGCUGAACUAUAUCAUGAGUUGCACACCCUUGACAGAUUUGAACAAGAUUAUCGACGUAAGCUUCAAGAAGAGGAUAACUCAACUACAGCUCAAAGAGGAGACAGCCUUGCAAUCUUAAGGGCAGAGUUAAAAAGUCAAAAGAAGCAUGUGAAAAGCUUGAAGAAAAAAUCUCUUUGGUCUAAGAUUUUGGAAGAGGUCAUGGUGAAGCUUGUAGAUAUUGUUCAUUUCUUGCAUUUGGAGAUUCAUGAAUCCUUCAGUAGCGUGGAUGGUGAUAAACCCACAAAAGGGUCUGCUAACACUCACAAAAAGUUGGGUUCUGCUGGUCUUGCACUGCAUUAUGCAAAUAUUAUUACCCAAAUUGAUACUCAUGUUUCUCGACCAAGUUCUGUGCCUCCAAAUACAAGGGAUUCGCUUUAUCAGGGGCUUCCGCCCAAUGUAAAGUCUGCCCUGCGCUCUAAACUGCAGUCAUUUCAGCUUAAGGAAGAGCUUACUGUCCCUCAAAUCAAAGCAGAAAUGGAAAAAACUUUGCAGUGGCUUGUUCCCAUUGCCACCAACACAACCAAGGCACAUCAUGGGUUUGGCUGGGUUGGAGAAUGGGCAAACACAGGGUCAGAGGUGAAUCGAAAACCUUCUAGCCAGACUGACUUACUCAGAAUUGAGACCUUACACCACGCAGACAAGGAGAGAACUGAAGGAUACAUUCUAGACCUUGUAGUAUGGCUUCACCAUCUUGUUAGCCAAGCAAAGGCAUGCAAUGGUGAAAUAAGAUCACCUCUUAAAUCUCCAAUUCAGUCUCCCAACCAAAAAACAAUUCCUUUAUCUACAGAGAAGCCCUCAUCCCCAACAAUAUUGACAGUUGAAGAUCAAGAGAUGCUUCGGGAUGUCAGCAAUAGGAAAAAGACUCCUGGAAUAAGUAAGAGUCAGGAAUUUGACACUACAAAAACCAGGUUAAGCAAGCAGCAUAGGCUGAGUAAAAGCAGUAGCCACUCUCCAACAAGGGAAGCAAAGAAAGAUCCCUUCCCCAUUAGAAGACCAUCAUCAGUCCCAAUCAUUAACUUCGACAUUGACCGGCUCAAAGCAUUGGAUGUAAUUGAUCGAGUUGACACUCUUUAGAAUCUGUAGUUUGAUAUCUGUAGGUAAAAGGGUCCAAAGUGUUGUUCUGCUGCAUUUCUCCAUGUUAGUUGCUAUAUGUGUAUAUAUAUAUAUAUAUAUAUAUACACACAUAUAUAUUGUAAUACUGGUUUGGGAAGGGGAUGGUCUUGUUGAAAGCACUACCGUGUAGUCCAAUUCAUAAAUGAAGGGAAACCUAUAAUCGAACCACAGAAUCAUAGUUGUUCACUAAGCCAGGAAAGUUAAGACUACAGGGAAUGCACAUAUUCCAGCCUUCUCUCCUGCUUUCCUGGUGAAACAGGUUAAGUUCUAUUUCCAAGCCCAUUAUCUAUCAAUGGGUUAAUAGAAAUAUGCUAGUAACUCUUUUUUUGUAUGACCUCGAAUUGUCAUUAA